CCACCACCAACCCCUUUCUUUUGUAUCUCAAGUUUCAACCACCAAACCUCAACCGCUCCCUCCUUAUUACUCAUUUCAAUUCAAUUCACCAAUUUUCUUCUUCCACCUGUGUUUUAUUUUCAAUGGCUUCUUCUUCUACCUCUCUCUCUUCGAAGCCAUUCCUCGGCGGUUCCAUCUCUCCCAAUUCCAACAUCCGAUCCCUCUCCUCCGCCUACCUUCAAGUCUCCCUCCGUUCUCGCACUCCCAAAAACCUCCAGAUACGGGCGGCCGGGAGUACCUAUGGAAAUCACUUCCGUGUGACAACAUAUGGAGAGUCUCAUGGAGGAGGUGUUGGUUGUGUCAUUGAUGGGUGUCCUCCUCGCAUCCCUCUCUCCGAGUCUGACAUGCAAGUUGAUCUUGACAGAAGGAGGCCAGGCCAAAGCCGAAUUACAACUCCUAGAAAGGAGACUGAUACGUGUAAAAUAUUUUCAGGAGUCUCCGAAGGACUUACUACUGGAACUCCAAUCCAUGUAUUUGUACCUAAUACUGAUCAAAGAGGACAUGACUAUAGUGAGAUGUCAUUAGCUUAUAGGCCUUCCCAUGCGGAUGCAACCUACGACAUGAAGUAUGGUGUCAGAUCAGUUCAGGGUGGUGGUAGAUCUUCUGCAAGAGAAACCAUUGGAAGGGUUGCUUCUGGUGCUGUUGCUAAAAAAAUCCUUAAGGAUUUUGCAGGAACUGAGAUUCUUGCAUAUGUGUCUCAAGUUCACAAGGUUGUUCUGCCAGAGGAUUUAAUUGAUAAUGAGACUGUGACACUUGAUCAGAUCGAGAGCAACAUUGUUCGAUGUCCUGACCCUGAAUAUGCAGAGAAGAUGAUAGCUGCUAUUGAUGCUGUCCGAGUUAGAGGUGAUUCUGUUGGUGGUGUUGUGACAUGCAUAGUGAGGAACUGUCCACGUGGGCUUGGUUCACCAGUAUUUGACAAACUUGAAGCUGAACUGGCUAAAGCUGCUAUGUCAUUGCCUGCAACCAAGGGCUUUCAAUUUGGUAGUGGGUUUGCAGGUACCUUUUUGACUGGGAGUGAACACAAUGAUGAGUUCUAUAUAGAUGAACAUGGAAGGACAAGGACAAGAACAAAUCGUUCUGGUGGGAUACAGGGUGGAAUUUCUAAUGGAGAAAUCAUAAACAUGAGAAUAGCUUUUAAGCCGACAUCAACUAUUGGUAAGAAGCAAAAUACGGUGACCCGAGAUAAAAAAGAAACAGAGCUGAUCGCUCGUGGUCGUCAUGAUCCUUGUGUUGUCCCAAGAGCUGUACCCAUGGUAGAGGCCAUGGUAGCUUUGGUGCUUGUGGACCAGUUGAUGGCGCAGUAUGCGCAGUGUAAUCUGUUUCCUGUAAACUCAGAUUUGCAAGAGCCUUUGUUGCCCGUAUUAGAGCCAGAAGAAGUACCCUUUUGAAUGAUGUAAUGUAUUUUUUUGUGAGUGCAAUGUAUCCUCCUGUAUUAUCAUAAGGUUUUAGUUUUUAAUUUUUUUCCCCUUACAUUUUGCCUGUGAGGAUUGUAGAACGCUUAGCUGCAAAAGCGGCAAGAUAGAUCUAUAUUCUUAUAUUGAAUUGGACCGUAUCCGUAUGACUUUUUCCUGUAAGAAAUGUAACAGAUUUUGGAGAUCUUAUUAUCUUAUCAAUAAAUGAAGCUUUGGCAA